GUCUGGCAGCGAGCAAUGAGACCUACAAAGAAGUCCAAAGGGCGGUGUAGGUUUUGGAAAAGUCUCGACUCGCGUCAUAUCAAUAUUGGAAUUCCACUCGAGGAUUUGUUUCGCUUGAGUCUUGGCAAACUUCACCUCACUUUGACUUUAUCAAUGCGGUCUGCAACCAGAGUCGACCUCAAGGAACCUCAGUAACCUUUGGAAUCCUCCUAACUGUCUGUCGAACAUCACCAAACCAUCGCAAUGGCGUACGACAACUGCCGAGACCCCGAUAUCUUGGUGGGAUGAGGGCAUAUUCAAUAGUGGCCAUCUCGUCACAGCUGUACAAUGGCGGGUAAAUCAUUGCAAGCUCCAGAUGGUUGUCUCGACAUUGAGAACGUGGCGGGCCCUACAUACUCAAUUACUGCCACACGAGAGCUCGACACAGACAAUAGCAACCAUUCACAUCACCAUCAAUAUCGUGCUCCUGCACGCUGGGCCCCCCAGGUGCGGGCAUGGCUUCCUCAACCCUCCUUCAUCAAUCUGCAUUAUCUCUACUUUAUCUUCAUGUCUCUGCUCACAAGUCUCAUCUUCUGGGCAUCCUCGACUCCUCCAAGAAGUGUGUCAUAUGUGGAUAGCCUUUUCUUGUGUGUGUCGGGCAUCACAGAAGCGGGUCUCAAUACGGUCAACCUUUCCGAGUUAAACACUUGGCAGCAGAUCAUGCUGUUCCUCCUCAUCUUCAUCGGAUCGGCCGUCUUUGUUUCCAGCAACAUCUUGCUCAUCCGGAAGCGUGCCUUUGAGAGAACAUUUGCGCAACUGGCGCAUCGUCGCCGACAUGGACCUCAUAUGCGCUCUUCGGCACACCGUCGUUCAGCAAGUGUAACCCGGCCUGCUACUUCUUGGAAUGGAAACAAUCCUCAGGCUGCUGGUCUUCCACCCGUUGCGGCGUCAGUUGCACCUGAAAAUUGUCCUCCACAUUCCAAAAAUAACCUAACCUCCGAGAGACAUGUCGAUGUUGACAUGCAUGUCCGAUCUGGAGACCAGAUUGAGCCCAUUCAAACACGACAGCGAGCUGCUAGGGAAUACCAUAAAACCUUUUUUGAAGGGCAUGGUGUUGGAGCUCACGGACUGAAGUAUCAUCCCCGAAACACACAUCCGGUGGAUUAUUCGCCUGACGACUUGAUAAUUGGCGACAAGCACUAUCAGCCUCCAUCCAGAUUGGAGAAGUACGUCCACACUGUCAAUGGAUAUCUUGGCAGAAAUUCCCAGGUCUAUCAUUUAACCGCCAAAGAGAGACGAAAACUGGGCGGCAUUGAAUAUGAUGCCAUCUGCUUGCUCUCGUGGUUGGUACCUGUAUACCUGGUGUUAUUCCAAUUACUGGGCGCUCUUAGUAUCGGUGCCUGGAUCUGGACCAAUCGCCCGGACAUGACAAGAAAGAACGGGUUGGAUCCAUUUUGGACAGGAGCUUUCUUCGCCAUAAGCGCCUUCAACAACUCUGGUCUGGCCUUGCUGGAUGCCAACGCCACUGCCCUACAGACAAGCUACUUUGUUCUCCUAACCAUGUCUCUGUUGAUUCUGGCAGGUAAUACCUGCUUCCCGCCUUUCCUGAGACUGAUUCUCUGGACAAUGAGCAAAGCUAUUCCCGCUGAUUCGCCGUCAAUUGACUGGCAGCGGCGGAGGAGGACCAUACAAUUCUGCCUCGACCAUCCGCGUCGGGUUUAUACGAAUCUGUUUAACCGUCAGGCUACCUGGUGGCUUGUUUUCUCAUUGGUGAUUCUUAACGGCAUUGAUUGGAUGGCUUUUGAACUGCUCAACCUGGACAACCCUGUCACUAAUGCCAUUCCAACGCGCUUUCGGGUCUUGGAUGGUUUAUUUCAAGCUUUUGCUGUACGGAGUGGCGGCUUCUACGUAGUCCCAAUUCCCAGCUUAGGGCAGGGGCUUCUAGUCUUGUAUGUCAUCAUGAUGUACGUAUCAGCAUUUCCUGUCACUAUGACUAUUAGGAAUUCCAACGUUUACGAGGAGCGAUCCUUGGGAAUCUAUGCCGAAGAUCUGGCUCAUGCAGAUGAAGACCAGGGGAGUCAUCAUGUCCGCACACCUCACGCCAAUCGCAUCAUGUCUGGACUUAGAUGGACAAUUUCAAGAGCACGUGGCUCUUCAGGAGACUCUUUGAAGAUGCCUACAUGGACUCGGCAGGACUACAUACGAUAUCAGCUCCGAAGUCAACUCGGUCAUGACCUGUGGUUGAUAGCCUUGGCUGUCUUCAUUAUUCAAGCCAUUGAACAAGGGCAAUUUAACCGCGAUCCGGUCACAUUUGCGACAUUUAACAUCAUCUUCGAGACCAUAUCAGCAUAUGGGACCGUUGGGAUCAGUACUGGCGUGCCGUGGAGUGCGCAUAGUUUCUCUGGUUCAUGGCACACGACUAGUAAAUUGGUCUUGUGUGUCGUCAUGCUCCGAGGUCGCCAUCGAGGUCUACCAGUUGCCAUUGACCGUGCAGUGCUCAUGCCAGACGAAAGUCUCGCUUGGGCGGAAGAGGAGGACGGACAUAUGCGUUCAGCACACCCAGCAGCAGGGACCAGGAGGUCAGGUCAUGGCGUUGACAAGGAAGGGCUCUCUAAGCACGAGGCGGCGCACUGGGUGUAGAGGGAAGUUCUUCACGCCUCUUUGCAACCUCGACUACCUGCAGCCUCAUCGAUGUCGCUCCUUAAUAUAUGUCUCCUUUGUUCAUUGGCGUUAAGACGAGGAUGGAUCCAUGUUGGGUACUUUGUCAUCGAUUGGUUAAGGACCACCAGCACUCAUGGCCUAUUCACGAGGCUUUGACUAUACACACGGCCGCCUUACUACGACGUUCCUUCCCCAUUUCUUUUGUCACCAAGGCGCCUGACACCCGUUGUCAAAGAUAUUUAUAUGACCAGUCAGCAACGAGGCGGUAUGGCUCCUGUACAGACCUAGAUAUAUUCGUUAAGAUUCAAAAGCGUAACCUCUAAUUAGAGACCAUACCGUUAGA